AUGAACAUUUACACAUUUCUGUACAUCUUAGUUUAUUUAUUCAAUACGAACAGUUCAACAGUAACAACGACAAUCUUAGACUCGUCAGGUUCUGCAUCUCGUUUACUGGUUCUUCUAAUUGAUGGGCUAAGAUGGGAUGUAAUAGCUGGUCAUUUAGAAAAUAAUACUAAUCGAUUCGGAUUUAAACGACUACAGAAAAAUGGUGCGUAUUUGCAGCGUUUCACUCCUGUAUUUCCCGCAGAGUGUUAUCCGAAUAUUUACUCACUAUUUACAGGUCGUCAUCCAGCUGAUCAUGGAGUUAUUCUGCCAACAACAUUUAGUGAACAUACAACUAUUAAUGGUAAGCCUAUUCGUUCACAAGUUGAAGGUCUUUGGGAAACAGGAGUUAAACAAAAUAAAGGUGUUCAUCUUUAUCAUUUGCCUAUAUGUUCUACUGAAGCUGGCACUGAAAAUAGUUGGUAUUGUGAACCGUAUAGUCAAGAAGUUAUGAAUCCUACGCAUUUGAAUGCUACAAUACAAAAAGCUGUGGAUGGGCUAAAAAACGGCAGUGCGAAUUUGGCAGUGGUAUACUACGAUGAAUUAGAUCGUAUCGGACAUAGAUAUGGUCCAUUAUCUAAUGAAUUAGUUCAUAAACAUUUAGUGUAUUUGGAUCACGUUUUAGACUAUGCAUUGAACAUCAUAGAAUCUAUACCAAAUUUAAAUUUAAUGCUAACUUCUGACCAUGGUAUGGCGACAGUCUCACAUCAAGCACAUGCUGAUCGUUAUUUUAAAGGGACAGAAUUAGAUAGAGUACUAAAUCGUGGAAGUACAUUGUGGAUCUGGCCUAAACCAGAAUUUGAAAACAAUGUGUAUAAUCGUUUAUUAAUCCAACAAAGUAAAUCUCCUUUCACUGUAUACAAUUCAUCGACCAUUCCUUCACAUUGGGAAAUUAUGACAAAUAAUAAUAAUAAUUCAUUAUUCCCACCGGUAUUGUUAAUCGCUUCACCAAAUUAUAUAUUUCAUUCCAAGGCAUGGCCAUUAAAUAUGAGUCAUUACAAUUUAAUCGAUCCCAAAGGAAUGCAUGGCUAUGAUCCAAAACUGCCUGAUAUGCAUAUUCCAUUAUUUAUUUAUGGUCCAAAUAUUAAUCGUGGUGUUCAAUUAAAUUUUACCAAAGAAAUUCGUUCAGUUCAUAUACAUAGUUUAAUGGCUUAUUUAGCAUCGAUUAAUCUGCCAGAUUUUCGUUCACUCGAUUUAUUCAAACCAUUACUUUCACACAAUUAUUAUCAUCAUCAGUUGUCACCUGUGUUGAAUAAUUUCUAUUGGCCAUUGAAUGAUAAAUCAUUAUCAUUUUCUUCAACAUUAUAUGGAGAUCGUUUUAUGGUGAAUUUUCUCAUCGUAGCAGCAGCGUUAACUUGUUUCUUUGUGCUAAUUUGCGCUUUCAUCAUAUUAGCCUAUGUUAGAUGUCGUAUUUCAUUGACGACUACACAUGUAUUCGGUUAUCAAGAUGAUUUAGACAAGGAAUUAGUUAAAUCUGAGGUACUUUCUGAAGCUUAA